AUGCCAGGAUAUAUACGCCACCUGAGCGGCACUCAUGGUGACACUUCGAGACCCCGAGUGCAUGUCCUGGGUUUAGGAAGCAUUGGAACAUUUGCUGCACACUCGCUCUCCGAAAUUUCAAAUCCGCCGUCUGUGACCUUGCUUUGCCAUCGACCAUCCCUCCUCGACGCAUAUCGUGACAAUGGAAGCCAAGUUUCACUCGAGACCCGUGAAGGUCAACGAUUGGAUUAUAAGGGACACGAUCUAGAGGUGUUUCGGGGCGGUCAUUGGUACUCAGGCGCAGAAGCAGCCAACGAUGGGUCCCCAGAAGCGGGCACGAUCAAGAACCUCAUAGUUGCCGUGAAGGCAACCCAAACAGCUGCAGCGCUUGAGCAACUGAAACACCGAUUGUCCCCGCAAUCGACCAUUCUCUUUCUCCAAAAUGGAUGCGGGAUGAUCGACAGGGUCAACGCCCAGCUUUUCCCUCAUCCCACCGAGCGCCCAAAGUAUAUCGUCGGUGUCAUCUCCCAUGGCGUCACGCUCCGAAAGUCUUUUGAUAUAAUUCACACCGGGUUUGCAGCGACAUCGCUUGGGCUCGUCCCGAAUCCAGACGUUGGCCAAGAAACUCUAGAGUCAAACUAUUUGCUCGGCGCGCUUCCCUUAUCUCCACGGUUGAAUGCCACCGCCUACGAGUACACCGAUGUGUUCCAAAUACAGUUGGAAAAGUUAGCAGUGAAUGCAUUCUGCAAUCCAUUAUGCGCACUGAAUGAUGCGGAGAAUGGCUUCUUAUUCACUAUACCCGAGACGCGGCGUGCAAUUUUGCAGGAAAUCUCCAACGUGGUUUGCUCGCUACCGGAAUUACAGCAUGUGGAGAAUCUGAGGGAUCGGUUUGCCGUGGAUAGACUCGAGGCGACCGUCAAUGCAAUCAUUGACAAGACAUUUCACACAACGUGUUCCAUGGUGUGGGACAUGCGCGCAGGCCGCGAAACGGAAAUUGAGUUCAUGAAUGGCUAUUGGGUAAAGAGGGGGAAGGAGGUCGGUGUGCCUACGCCUAUCAAUGGGGAACUGGUCGCGAAAGUUACGACACGGAACCAAAGUUAG